UGAAGGGCCAACUGUACAUGGUGAAAGGGUGGUGGGAUCAUGCCUGUAAAUAAACUGCAUCUGUGGUUACUAACCCCAGGGUCUCAGAGUGACUUUGUGGACCUAGGAGAGGCAGGAGCUAAGGGGGUCCUGCUGUGCACUGCUACAGGUUCCUUGGCAGUGAUGGGUAGGAGUUACUCUUUCCAGUUUGUCUGGCCUGAGAGAAAGGAGCUGUGCUUUUGAAUCACCUACCUAGUCAGAUCAGGCAGAAGCCUGCAAAGGAGGAGGUCAGGUGGUUAAGGUACAGAGAGGAGAGGUGGGAGGCACAGUGUAAUAAGGUGGCUUGCCCCCUGAGUGGGGGAGCCUGGGGCUAAGCCAACCUGGUUACAAAAUGAGCCCUAUCUACAGGGAAUCAGGCAUUUCCCCAUAAAGAGCAGAAGGUGGUAGCAGUAAUGGGCACAAGAGCCAGGCUUAGGUGGUGAUAAAGCCCAGCUGGGGAAAGGUUUGGAAAGACAGCUCAGAGUGUAAGGAAAGCUCUGCAGGCAGAGACCCAUACCAAACAGGGCAGAGAUGCAGAGGGUAACUUAAAAGGUGGGGCAGGAAGUGGUCCAGGGAAAACUGUUGUGUAUGUAAUGGAGGAGACUUGGCUGUUCAGUACAUGGCCCUGGAGUAGAGGAUGGGAUUGGGUUCUCCUAUUGGCCCUAGUGGAGGGGCAUAGAAGCCCACCACAAGUUUUACAGAGUUUAGCAAGGGGACUACCGGCUGAGUCCAAGACAGAUUGGGGAAGAGCCCCAGAGAGGAAGAAGGAUUUUUGAAGACAUUUGAGGACUCAGUUUGAACAGUUAUGACCCCAGAAGAGGGGGCUCAAGAUGGUGUCCCACCCAGAGGGCCAAGUCACUGAGGGAGGAACCAUUGGAGUGGAGCGACCAGCUGCUGCCAUACCUGGCCAUGAGGGGGUGCCUAGGGAAGACAAAACUGACCUUGAAAACAGUGUGAUGCAGAAGAAAAUUAAAAUCCCCAAACUCUCUCUCAAUCACGUAGAAGAAGCUGGGGAGGUUACAGAUUAUGGGGAAGAAGAUGUGGAGCUUAGACACAGUAAGAGACAAGAUGGAAGGAAACAAAGUGAAGGUACCCACAAAAGCAUCGAAGCAGUUGUUGCUCGCCUAGAAAAGCAAAAUGGGAUGAGUCUCAGUAGUAGUUCGAGCCCUGAGGAAACCUUUAUGGAGACUUCGGAAGGCAUUAACAACAUGGACGAUGCUGUAAUUCCUCGUGUUCUCUAUGAAGAAUUGCUGAGGAGUUACCAACAGCAGCAAGAAGAAAUGAGACACAUUCAGCAAGAACUUGAGAGAACACGGAGACAGCUUGUGCAGCAGGCAAAAAAGCUAAAGGAGUAUGGGGCAUUAGUGUCAGAAAUGAAAGAGCUCAGAGACUUGAACAGGAGACUUCAGGAUGUGCUGCUUCUGAGAUUAGGCAGUGGUCCUGCCAUUGAACUUGAAAAAGGAAAACCAGAAUCAAUUGAGCCUGAGCCUGAGAUACAGAAAACAUUCAGUGAGGAAGCGAAUACAUCAACAUACUAUCCUGCCCCUGUUCCAGUAAUGGACAAGUAUAUUCUCGAGAACGGAAAGGUCCAUUUGGGCAGUGGAAUCUGGGUAGAUGAGGAGAAAUGGCACCAGCUGCAAGUAACACAAGGAGAUUCAAAGUAUACAAAAAACCUAGCGGUAAUGAUUUGGGGAACAGAUGUUCUCAAGAACAGAAGCGUCACAGGAGUUGCAACCAAAAAAAAGAAAGAUGCAGUUCCCAAGCCACCUCUCUCACCUCACAAAUUAAGCAUUGUCAGAGAUCAUAACAAGAAACAUUUGGAUGCAGUAGCAGCACAAGAAGAUUUGGCCAUGGCUUCAACAAAAAAAUCAAAUCUGCCCCCCAUGAUUGAUAGCCGAUUUACGGAAAAGGAUCUCAAUGACGUCUUUACUUUUGAAUUUGAAAAGCCCAAAUUUGGGCUUUUGGGAAAAGCAAAGAAGAAAUCGGCCACGUGCAAGGUGGAAAAGGAAGUGAAUGGUGAGCUCAAACCAUGUAGCUUCAAGACAAGUGAAGCAAGUGCCGUGAAAAGUUUCAACCUUUGGCGGCAUGUAAAACGUAACCAUCCUGAAAACUAUGCAGCUCUGGUUACAAAAAAGGACCAGGAAGAUGAGGCAAAACAGAAAGCUGACACAGCUAAACGACAUUCAUCUGGCUCUUUGAAAACUCGUGGAGAAAAGAUUUUUUGUGGAGCUUCAUCUGAAAAGAAACCCAAAAUUGAGCAAACAAAACUUGACUCGUAUUCGAAGUCCUCAAAGGUUACAGUCACCAUGGAUGCCAAUACUUUCCGUGAAGGGCUGAUGGAAAUGGUUUGCUUGAGUUCAACACCGCUCACUACCUUCCGGCUAAAGAACAAAGGAUUCCAAAAAAUUGCAGGUGAAAUGGGUUGGCAGCUUGGCAUUUCGACGGGGCAUGAUGCGGUUCGUCAUUUAGUUGUCAGCACAGCUGAGUCUGGUCGCGAAGAGCUCAAGAAAGCUUUGGAGCAAAAAUUGUGCUACCUGAAAAUGGAUGCUGCAACCCGUGGAAACAGAAAUUUCCUUGCAAUCAACGCUCAGUACUAUGAAGAAAGAAAAGAUAAAGCUGUGGUAAAAACCUUGGACAUAAUCGACACUGAAGGGCGUCACAAUUCUUUGUAUGUCAAAAGUCAAGUAAAAGCUAUUUUAGAAAAAUUUGGGAUCAGUGAAAUGCAAGUGCUGAGCAUCUGUGUUGACAAUGCAGCAAACAUGACGUGUGCCGUCAAAAAUUUCAGCGAGGAUGAUGAAACCAUUUCUACCUCUGAGAACAGGGAUGUGGACAGAACUGAAGCUACUUUGCCUGAUGAAGGAACUAAAGGAAUGGAUGAAAUCGAACUCAACAUCAUGGAUGCUGCUGCACAAUGGGUUAAUGAUCCUAGCCUCAUACUUCCAACAUGGCUUUAUGAGGACGACUCAAAAGUCCGACUGAUGAGGAGUGGUAUUCACACUCUUCAGUUGGCAAUCUGGGAUGGACUGAACAAAGAACAUGCGAAGAAAUUUCUGGCAAAAAUUCGACAAGUCGUUGUUAAACUACAAACCCCAAGUAUUCAAAGUGUUCUGCUUGAUCUACAUGGGGUAACUCAAUCAUUGGAUACUGUGAGUUGCUGGGGUUCAACAUUUGCGAUGAUUGAUCGGCUUCUCGUUUUUCAGUCUUACUGUGAACAAAUGGCUGCUGCUGGAACAAGAGAACUCAAGUUAACAAAAGCUGAAUGGGACGAAGUGAAGAACCUGCGAGACAUCUUGGCAAAGCCAAACCAAACAACCAUGAAUCUUCAAGCUGUUGAUGUAACCCCGGGAGUUUUAAUGAAGGAAUGGCGAAAACUGUCAAAAUUCUUGCAAGGAAAUGGUGGACAGAUUGCAGAAGGAAUUCUAUCCUCCAUGCAGAAACACGAAGAGAAGCUUUUUGACAAUAUUCAUUUUCUUGCUGGAGUUUAUGUUGACCCACGGUAUCGGAUUCUUCUUACCUCAAGGGAAAUACCAAGGGCAAAGGAAGGCCUCCUUGAUAUUGCUCGACGACUUGAAAAACAAAAUCUAUUGCUACAUUUGAACUUGGCGAAAGAGGUUGAAGAAAACGAAACACAACAAAAGGAGUCAACAAUCGAAUUUGCAGUUUCUGAAAGUUCACAUCCUUCAGAAAUACCAGGUUGUUCUCAAACUUCCGUCUCCACUCUGAACUUGUUUGAGCGUCCAUCCCUGAGACGUCUUCAACCAUCACGGGGGAAUGGAGAUAAUUCAAGCAUCAAUUCUUCAGAAGAUGAUGACUUCGAAAAGGAAUUGGAGAAACAAGAAAGACGCCAGCUAGUUUCUGCGAUUCAUAAUUGUAAUGAAGCAUUAUUCGAGAGAAACUUUUGGGAAGAUUGUGAGGCGAUGGAGUCUAUUGGUAGGCUAAAAGUUAAGUCUGUUUUUGAGGCCAUUCCCAGCUACCCACACCGCAUUCAGGCUGCCUGUAGAAUUGCUUCAAGCAUGCCAACAACUCAAGCUAGUGUAGAGCGACUGUUUUCAACUUUAAAGUUCAUUUUAAAUGAUUUGCGGCAGCCUAUGAAAGAUGACUUGAUUGCUGCAAUAAUUUUUUACAGAAUGAAUUAUGAAUGAUUCUAGUUUGUAUCAUUGAAAUUUAAAUUGUUUUAAAAGUCUGAAUAAAAAUGUUUUCAAAAUUACAGUAUGCACUUUUUUAUUUAGUUAAAAAUUUAUUUGAGUUGGAGCAGAGAGUUGGAGCGGAGCAAUUCAAAAAUUUGAUUGCUCCAAAAUCCCUGAUAAAAAAGAUAGAGAUGCUACCAACAUCACUAAUGGAGUGUAGAUUUUUUUGUUUUUAGUGUAGUGAUUUUUUUAAUAGGGGGAAUUUCCAUUGCAAUAUAGCUUCAAGCAAUAAGACUUCUGUUUUCUCAUUCAUGAUCUCUACCUAAUACUCGUUUACCAAUUGAGAGUUGUAGCCUGGCUGGUGCACCUAAAUCACGCUCUUUUAUGUAGGUAACCUGCCUAUCAUCCCCCUGCACUCCCUUUAUACGGGCUUAGGGCAAGAUUAUUAGAGGGUAGCACACUAUUGCGUCUGUAGCGAGAGAGAGCAGCAUAUUAAUCUGCUGUUAGUUCACAACCUUACCCCACCAGAACCCUCCUCAUCAAACUGUGGUUGGGAAUGUCUUACAUACACACCAGGAUCCCUUCUCUUUCCAGGGCAGAUAUUUGUAGAGAAACUGUGGGUUCAUUAUAAACAGUAUCUCUCCCCCACCACACCUCUAGGUCCUUGCUUGUCCUGCUCUCACCACCUCUUCAGGUUAUUGCUUUCCCCAUUAUCACCAUUCUCCCUUUGGCACACAUCCCUCAAAGUGUGUCCUAUAAAGUUCUCUUACGUCUACAGCGAUGGUUCUCAACUUAUUACACACGGCGGGCCGCAUAUGUGGCCCACCAUGUGUUAUCUGGGCUGCAUGGGGCAGGGCAGCAGUAGCCCGGACCCUGAGCUUGGACCCCCACCAUGCGGAGCUGGGUGGCUGCCCGGGCCCCCGGACCUGUGGGGCUGGCAGCCUGCCCAGACCCCUGCAGUGGGGCUGCUCCUAUCCUGGACCCAUGCUGUGCGGCUGCCCCAGACCCUGUGGGGCUGGCUGGCAGACCCAGACUCCCACCCUGUGGAGCCGCGUGGCUGCCCAGAUCCCCACCACCCACCUGCCCAGACCUUUGCCAUGGGGCCAGCUGCCUACCACAGGCCACCCUGAACCCCAUCAGGCUGGCCAGGCCAGCCAGCUGCCCUGACUCCAAACCCCUGCUGCCUGGUCCCCGGACCCCACCACGAGGCUAGCUGGCCUGACCCCGGACCCCUGUUGCAGGGCCAGCUGCCUGCUGCAGCCCACCCUGAGGGGCAGGGCUGGCUCCCCCAACUCCAGACCCCUGCCAUGUGGCUGCCCUGUGGGGCUGGGUGGCUGACAGACCUGGACCCCCACCACCUGGAGCUGCACGGCUGCCCCAACCCUGGACCGCUGCUGCGCAGCUGCCUCCACCCCGGAUCCCCGCUGUGGGGAUGGUUGCUGUGGCCCACCCCAGACCCCAUGAGGCUUGGUGGGGCUAGCCAGCUGCCAGGCCCCCAUGCAGCUGCCCUGACCCCGGACCCUCGCCGCGUGGCUGCCCUCACUCCUAGAGCCGGCUGCCUGCCCCGGACCCCGCUUGGGUGUGCCAGCUGCCCCAGCACCUAGAGCUCAUGGAGCCAGCCGCUGCCCAGACCCCCACUGCAUGGCUGCCCCAGACCCUGGUGGGAGCCCCAGAUCCCUGACCAGCCACCAGCCCUAACCCCAGACUCCUGCCACGCAGGGUGGGCUGGUGAUCCCGGCACACUGGUGACCGUUAGCACACAGCUUGGCCCACUGAGAUCUGCUUCACUAUAGACCAUCUCCCCAUGCAGCCUGUGGUACGUGUAGGCAGUAUCAGGGGAUGCCAGAGCGAUUCUUCUGCUUGCAACAUCAGGCAAUCUGUGGGCCUGAUAUCUUCCUCUAAGUCCAGCUUUCCUGGUUAUCAACAGGAUACUGCCAAUUGAUGUGUAGACCAGUCCCUGAAACUUUGAAAUUGAUUGGAUGCAGUGUUCAAAAGUUAUCACAAUACAGACACAGGAAUGCCAUGACAUUGAGUGUGGGGCCUUGCUGUGCAUGGCCGAUGACACGGACUGUGCAUCUAAACAAAGGAGUACAAUUCUCUUACACACCUGUGCAGACUAUCUGAAUCUCAGAUCCAGUUGUGUAGGAGACAGUGGGGCAAUUUGUCUACUUACUCCCUCCACGUAGCUGGACGACAAGGAAUGGGUGGACCCCAUCUCACCGAUCAGUAGCUAAACCAGCAGCAUUAUAUAUACCAGCAGUAAAUUACUCCCCCUUGUAGCCCUCUGGGGGGCGGACAGGAAGGAAGCAGAGGAGGAAUUGUGGCUCAUGGGGUAUGUCUGAGUCACAGUGACUCCUAGGGCCACUUUUGAAUUGAUACAACUUACACAUCAGCCCUUGCUCAGGGCUGUGGUAAAGUCACAGUAUUGUCUGUAUUUAUGUGGCAGGUCCCUUGGGCAGAAACCCCCUAUUUGUUACGAAUAGUUCAGUGGUAUACUACUGACGUUUCUAUAGUGAUGUAAUAUUCUUCCUUGAGCACAAUGAAUCUGUCAGUGUUUCAGUUAAUUCCCCCAUUGUUUGCCACAUUUAUUUCAAAAAAUAUUUUACUGCCUAUUGGCAUCCCAGUUAUCAGUCUGCCUGCCAAUUGGUUUUAUUUAGUAAUAGCCAAUACAUUUUCCAGUGAAGAGUCCAUAAAAUUCACAUUGUUUCAGAUGUUUUCACCAUUUUCUAGUCCCAGAAUAGUUUAUUUAAAAUACAUUCUAAAAAGACACAAUUAGCCCUUAAGGUGGCUAAACAUCUCUUGCUGCUUAAAAAUCCCUACAGUGUAGUAUAUUAUACAGAAGUUAUAAAAAGUCUGAUGCCCGAGCACGGUUAUAAACCUUGUUAAUGCAAAAUAUAAUCUUUCAUAAAACUUCUGAGCAGCUUCAAAAUGAGCUACAAAGCAUGAAUACUUAAUUUUCAUAACUUUUUAAUAUGAUUCAUUAGCAACAUUAUAAAACUUGUUAAUUAAGCAAUAAUCUCUAUAGCUUUGUAGUAUGUGAAGCAAUAGAUGGCUGCUAAAAUUGAUUACUAGCCAAAGCAAAGCAGAGAUUGUUUAAUCAAUCUUGGAAGCUAUUUAUUACUAGUAGCCUGCCCCACAAUAGAAAUUAUUUCAAUUAUAAAACAUAACAAAAUGGACACCGGAUUUUAAGGAGGGAGCUACCUCUCUAAUUCAUUGCAGAAAAACAUUAGAUCCUGCAACUUGCUAAGUGCCAUCUGGGGAUGGUAGAGAGUGGUCUCAGCUCCCACUGACCUCAUUGAUUUGAUUUUAUUAUUAUUUUGUAUUUAUAUUCCAGUAGAACAGAGCCCACAAUAUGCAAAGUACUGUACAAAACCAGAGCAAGAUGGUCUCCACCCCAAUCUGUUAAACCAACAACAUACAAAUGGUUGGGAAGAGAUGUAGAACCAAGAUAUAGCCAUAUUAAUGUAUACUACAUACAUUUUUUUUAAAAUGUGAAAUAAAUGUCCUCUAUCUCCUACUGCUGCUCCUCCUAACCACUAUUAUUUGGCUAAUGUCUUGUAGGUGUGACGCUAGAAGUGACUUGAAGGAGGAAAGGGUAGUGGCCUGACAGAUCAUUUUCAGUAAGGGUGUUCCAUGUCGUCUGGAAGAAAGCUCUAAGACUGUUCUGGGAGAUGUGGACAAAUGAAGGGGUUAAGGUUGGCAUUGAUGACAGAGAGGGUAGGAGUGACACCAUAUGAGUCUGGAUUUACCCCCAUUUCUACUCGUGAGGCCAGUGAAAUGUCAUAACUUGUGAGCUUAUUGUUCCCUACAAAGAUUCAAACAUGGCAAGCCUAAACUUGUGCCAGAUAAAGGGGACCAAACCAAUGAAUCAGAGAACCCUUUUAUUGUACAAUAGAACACUGAAUUAAAAAAAUAUACAAGUUGCUUAUGAAGUGCUGGCUCGAUAGUAGCUUGAGCAUGUUUUAUUUGCUGUACUGAUUUCCAGCCCAGGGCUAAAUUCUUUUCUUAAAAAUAACUGCUGUUCUUUUACCUUUUUCCCCAGAAUGUUUGUAUGACAGAAUAGCACAAGAAACUGUGGAUGAAACUGAAAUUGCACAGAGACUCUCCAAAGUCAACAAAUACAUCUGUGAAAAAAUCAUGGAUAUCAAUAAAUCAUGUAAAAAUGAAGAAAGGAGGGAAGCAAAGUACAAUUUGCAAUAAAUUUUGGAUUUUUAAUAAAGUCUUAGUGUUUUACUUA